UGCCUGGGGGCGGCGCUGGCCCUGCUGCUAGUGCUGCUGCCGGCUGGCUGCCCGGUGCGGGCACAGAACGACACGGAGCCCAUUGUGCUGGAGGGCAAGUGCCUGGUGGUGUGCGACUCGAGCCCGUCGGCGGACGGCGCGGUCACCUCCUCCCUGGGCAUCUCGGUGCGCUCCGGCAGCGCCAAGGUGGCCUUCUCCGCCACGCGGAGCACCAACCACGAGCCGUCCGAGAUGAGCAAUCGCACCAUGACCAUCUACUUCGACCAGGUAUUAGUAAACAUUGGCAACCAUUUCGAUCUUGCCUCCAGUAUAUUUGUAGCACCGAGAAAAGGGAUUUAUAGCUUCAGCUUCCACGUGGUCAAAGUGUACAACAGACAAACCAUCCAGGUCAGUUUAAUGCAGAACGGCUACCCGGUGAUCUCAGCCUUUGCAGGAGACCAGGACGUUACCAGAGAAGCUGCCAGCAACGGGGUCCUGCUGCUGAUGGAAAGGGAAGACAAAGUGCAUCUCAAACUGGAGAGGGGGAACCUCAUGGGCGGCUGGAAGUACUCCACGUUCUCGGGCUUUUUGGUUUUUCCUCUAUAAACACAGAGCCCCCAGACGGUGGGACAAGUUGUGAUCUGGACCCAGGAAUCUGCCCUUCCUCAACUCCCUGAACUUGCCAGAAUAGCACCACUUAUUUCCCACCUCCGUCAGACGGUUGAGGUAGAAGAAUGAUUUCCUUCUAAAUCUCCAGUAUUUUCUUUGAAUAUUGACCAUUCCUCGGGAACCUGGCUUCUAAUUAGUUUUAGACGACAAGGUCUGAAGGAGAAAUGAAAUUAUCGAUUUGAGCAAUUUGUACCUGUGAUUGUAAAGUCAAUAUUGGAUCUUAUUGUGGGGACCAUUGACUUUUCUUCUUUUGUUUGUCCGUUGUAUUGUUGCCCCCACAUGAGGAGUGCCGCUGACCCCAGGAUGGAUGGCAGGUCGCAGGCAGGGCUCAGAGCAGGAGCCCUGCAAAUCGCCACCCGCCGGAUAGUCCUUGAAAUGUGUUCUUUGUGUGUCUGUUCAGCCUUAAAGAAAAAGAAUGGCUUCACUUUCAUUCUGUAUUUUCCCCCAGGGUGGAUGGGAGGCCUCGGGAGGGGGAAGGGGACAUUGUGAAUCUGUCAAGAAGUGCUUUAUCCGGAGAAGCAAAUUUUGCACGAUUGGACCUUGACUUUUGCUUUGUAUUGUUUGUGUGUGUGCGUGUGUGGUUUUUUUGUUUUGUUUUGUUUUGUUUUCCUGGAAAAGCUUUACUUUUCUUUCCACAUUCAGCUCUCCCUCCUUGCCCCUACUUCUUUUUUUUUUUUUGUGCUGGGAUGGGGAGACAAAUUUAUGUUGAAUUCUUGAAUGAGACCAAACAAAACAACACAAAGAAUACCUAUGUAUUUUGUUUUGGUUGAGAACAAACCAAACAGAAGGUACCUGUAUAUCAAAGUACAAAUAACAGAUGGACGAUUCUGCUGCUUCUUUCCAAGAGAUUCUUUCAGACGCACCUUUAGAACCGACAAGCUGGAAGUUCUUUUCUUUUCUUUUUUUUUUAAUGCUCUGGAAUACUUUAAGAACUUGAUGUUCCUGGGUGGCCUGAAUCACGUCUGAUGAGGACGGACGCUGUAAUGGCCAAGUCUCCUACACACACGCUUUCUUGGUCCAGUGUACCUGGGUCUUGCCAGUAGCCUGUCUCUGUCUAUUUGCACCCACCUCUGUGCCAGCACACCAGGAUCAGGUGCUUCAAAGCCAACAGGACCAGCCAGUCUCCCUCAGGAUCCUCCUCUGAUCUGCCAAGGAAAGAGGCGUGUUGACACUCCCCGCGGACACCUGGCGAGAAGCCACCUGCAAGUCACAGCGGUUACAGGUAUUGGCGGAGGCACCCUGGGAGCAGUUUUGCAAAUCCUUCUUCUUUGGCCCCUUGUACAACAAUAGUAUUACAAUACAGCUGGGAGUCGAUGGGUGCAGGAUGCAUAUGCCAAGGAAAUGUUACUAAAUCCCAAAGCAAUCGAAGAAGAGACCUCACAGCGGAUGUUACUUUGUCCUUUGUGUCACAAUGUAACCAAAAUAUUGAUGAUAAAAAGUCAUAAUUUAAGGUUCAGAAUAAAUGGGUUUGAUGUC